ACCGCCAUCGAUCACGCCAAAAACAACACUCAUCCACCCACCAACCCAAACAAGCCAAGAACACCAUCACCAUGCGCCCUGCAUUCUUCCUCGCCGUUCUAUCCAGCGCUUUGGUUGCCGCCCAGUGGAAGCUGGUAUGCUCACCGGUUCCUACGGACAGUUGCCGACCUUUUUGCCAGUGCGUCGGGGGGAUGCGCGACUGCCCCGUGUCCCCGCCGCCACAAUGCCAGCAAUACUGCCGAUGCGACGUGGACAACUCCAACCCCCCUCCCCCGUACACUGGUGGUAGGAACGGCGGCGGCAAGCCCAGCCCACACAACCUGCCAACCCCGCCCCAGGACGGCUCGUCCCCCCGCCGCGCCGGCAGGCCCAAGCGGCUCGCUCGGCGGAUCAUGCGCAACUAAGCGAGGCGGUGCUUUCUCUAUAUAACCCUGGAAGAGGUAUGGCAGGCAGGUGCAGUAGCGAACAUAUCUGGAGUUUUGGUGUUUCGGUAUCUUUGAGAACGGGCUAUUUCGGGGGAGAAUCUCUUUGGGAGUGUCUUAUCUGGAACCGAGAAUCUUUAAGCGAGUACACUGUCUGCUUGUAAACAUCCCUGGAAUAGGCUUUAUUGCACCAUAAGCUUGGUUACCUCAUCCGAAGAAUAAGGAAGAUGGAACAGCUAAAGUGUGGUGGCAGCCAGUCCCUG